AAAUUUUCCCAGAAUGACGAAAGUACCCCUCCUCCUCUCCCCUCUCGUCUCCCCUCGCUUCCCCUCCCCAGCGCGAGCCCUGCAGCCGCCGUGCGCGCGCCGCCGUGCCGUGACCGCCGCAGGAGCAGGCCUAGUCCAGGAGGCGGCGAUGUCUGAGGCGGCGGCGUUGGUGGCGAACGGGGAGUACCCGUGCCCGGUGUCCCCGCCCUACCCGGCCGUCUCCAAGGACGUGGAGCUCCGGCGCGCCAUGACCGCCUCCGCCCGCUCAGGCGCCUACGCCUCCGCCGCUGUCGUGUUCGAGGACGAGUGGCUCUCCGUCGUCGAUAAGCCCGCGGGCGUGUACUGCGACGCCCUCCUCUCCGCCCUCCCUUGCUACGCCGCCGCCGCUGCAGGAGAUCCAGCAACUAAGCCUAACCUUCACCUUGCCAAUAGGCUAGAUCGUGAUACCAGUGGUCUUAUGGUCAUCACCAAGUGCAACAAGGUUGCAGCGAAGCUUGUGAAGGCAUUUACUGAGCACAAAGUGAAGAAAACAUAUCUAGCUCUUUGCAUAGGUUACCCACCGACAUGGGAGAAGAUUAGGAUAUGUUCUGGUCAUGGGCGAUCAAAACAUGGUGCUUGGCGUGUGUACGCUAUGUCUGAUGUUGGUCGAACACUGCCAGGGGGUUCCUCUGUAAGGGACAUGAGCACAAAGUUUGAAGUGCUAGGAAUCAAUGGAAAAGGACAGUUUAGAGAACCAUCGAAUGUUAACAUUGAUGAUAUAGAGUCGAUUACUGUACAAGAGAAGGCGGCUGACCAUUCUUCAACUGAUGAUUUGAAGAAUCACAUGAUUUUGGUCAGAGCCUAUCCUCAGAGUGGACGUACACAUCAGAUUCGUCUACACUGUCAGUAUCUUGGGUUCCCUAUCAGAGGCGAUGUGAAGUACGGAGGAGUGAUUGAGUGGAAUGGUGUGGAUUGUGAUGGUCAUGCACUGCACUCAGAGAGCUUGUCAUUUGUACAUCCAGUGACAGGAUUGCCCAUCACCUUCCGUGCACCUCUCCCUUCAUGGGCAAAUGAAGUUAUUUCAACAAUGGGAUAAAACUCGAUUGCCCUCAUUAUGAUGCACAGCCCUCCAGUAGCUCUGAAUUUCUUUAGCAAGACUGCAGGUCUGUAAGAUUUAAUUGCCAAAAGCACCUCUUGGAGCUCCUUUCAGGACGCUGUAUUGUUAAGUACCUAUUUGAAGGGAAUUAUAACCAUCAUUUGCAGCUGGACAACACCUUUCUUGGUGGACAAUCUUGGGCAUCUGUACUUCGUGAACAAGCUUUCACAAAUGCCGAGAUUGGUGUUCUAGUAGCACAGGUUUGACUUCAGAGUACUCCAAGUGCAACCGUGAAAUACAUUUUGUACCGCAGAGAUAUCAAGAUGGCUGUUGUAGCUUUGAUUUUAGUUUUGCAGCUGCAACCAUGUAUAAAUUAUGUACCAUGGGGGUUUCUGGUUAUUCAGCAAUAUAUACAGAGCUUUUUCUGAA